AUGCGGCUGUCAAGCUUUUUGUCUGUUCAACUUUUAUUCCUAUGUAUUGACCUUUGUCAUGGUUUUACUUGUGGUGAAAAUAACACUUUAUGUGAGGUAUGCAAGAAGUUCAGCGAAACGGAAGGUGUUCAUACAUAUUUCGCAGCCGAGCAGUGUUCAAUAUACGCCGGGGUCCAAGAUGAAACCGGGAACUACACAAUUCCAGAAAGAUGUGAACUUCUGUUCAGUAAAAUACAUCCUACUUCGUGUCAACUGGCCGUAAUCUCCGACGUGGAUCUGCUAGGUUACUAUAUUCAAUACGGAAUUCGAAUGCAAGAUCACAGUAUGUUGCUUAGUUUAGAAAGAGAGGGUUGUUCGUCGAAAUGGAAUUGGUGGUCCCGGUUGGAAAAUAAAACUACAACUGCUGGCAUGGGGGAUGCUACUGAACCAUGUGAUGUUGUACAAGGAGCUUUUGUUGGAUUCAACUUGGUUCGCAUUAACCCCGCAAACUUCACACCAACCGGCAUUUUGUGUCAGUGUAGCAAUCAAGUUUCAUUUCUGCCAGUGGUCAAGAAACCGGACAAUGCGACUUCUGUUAGCAUUCUUCUAGCGAUGACAGUGACACUUGGAAUUCAGUGGUUUAAGUGA